CCCCGCAGCUCCCUGCCAGCUUCGGGAUCCUCCGCGCCACGGUGCAGGGGGCUCUCACCAUGUCCCCGCAGUGACGUGACCUUCCUCGUGGGCCGGGAGAGGCGCGAGGUGUUUGCUCACCGCUGCAUCCUCUCCUGCCGCUGCCCCGGGCUCCGGGGGCUCCUGGACAGCCCCCCGCCAGCCCCUGGGGCCCCGGCACCGGCCCCCAUCGCCCUCAGCAGCACCCAGCCCGAAGCCUUCCUGGCCGUGCUCGAGUUCCUGUACACCAACCGCGUGCACCUCACCAGCGUCACCGCCCUGGAGGUGCUGGCCUCGUCCGUGGAGUACGGGCUGGACGACCUGCGGCAGCUGUGCGUGGAGUUCGUGAUAGGCACGCUCAGCGUGGAGACGGCCUGCGAGGCCCUGCAGGCAGCUGUGACCUGCGGGCAGGUGGAUUUGCAGCAGCGCUGCUUGGCCUUCAUCGAGGACAACACCCAGGGCGUGGUGGGCACGAGAGGCUUCCACGAGCUGUCGGAGGCGGUGCUGGUCCCGGUGCUGCGCAGCGACCGCCUGACCAUCGACGAGCCCGACCUCAUCGCCGCCGUGCGGGGCUGGGCCCGCGUCAGCGCCGUGAGUGCCGGGGCGACCUUGGGGGCCCAG